AUGACAAUAGCAGGACUGGUUAUCUUCAACAUCUUAAAUAUCGCAACAAUAAUCUUGAUAUACGACGAGAUAAUAAUUGAUCCAAUAAUAAGUUACAAAGUUUUCGUGGUGCAAAUGAUUUUCGGAAUGUUGGUUACUAUGUCAUCUUUCACUUAUACAUUUCGGCCGGUGAUGAAACUUCACGUGAACCCACAAAUGAACGGACAAAAAAUAAGUGGAAAUAAUAUUAGUCCAAUAAAUGCUGCAAUCGGAACUUGGUACUUUACUACAUUGUGCACGCUUUCGAGUAUUUACCUAUCACUCUAUGCCGCUUGUAUCCUAAUGAAAGACGCGCAACAGUAUCUUCCAAUUACAAAUGCGAUAGAUUGUAUCUUGAGAAGUACAUUUACUCUUGUGUUGGCUUCUGCAACGCCGAAAAGGUUUAUUGAACGUUUGAAAUCGUUUGUGAAUCGUGGAAAAUCGAAUAAGACGACGGUAUAUUCUGUUGGUACUGAGAAUACCACGGAAAUUAAUUUAAUAAAAGAUUUAGCAUAA